UAAAGUAAUUUUAAAUGUCGACAGGUGCGUGCAAAUUACCCCUACAUGGACCCUCUUGAAGGAUAGGACGAUAGCCCAAUCAAAAUACAGAAUAACGUGACGUCAUGAAGAUCUAAAAAUAGCUUGGAACACUUCUUCAAUCAGGAAGGGAUGGGAGAAAAAUGGAGGAUAUGUCACGGUCUUUUAAAAGUUUCGUAGUGUCAGUCGUUAUUUACGCUUAAUUUAUAUACAAGAUUGUCUGAAAGGCAAAGGAAUAUUUCAGAGAAGAUGUCAGGACGGGAAGCUGGGUUAAGGAGUAGGGCAACUCGCUUCCUGCCAAGAGGGAAAGACAACAUAAAGAAGCUGGGCCCUGACAUAGCUCAGAAGGUUCGCAAAGCCCUUGACACAGCUCCUCAGGACCGUAACUGGCGGGCGUUUGUGGCAGCUAUGGUAGAGAAGUUCUCAUUUAGUCAGCAGGAAGUGGAGCAGUUUGGAAUGGCUGCGAACAGGCUCAAUGGAAGUCCAACGCAGAUGUUGAUGGAUCAUCUGGCGAGUCGUGACUUCCGUGUGCGUGACCUGAUUAAAUACCUGGAUGCCCUGGGCUGGGAAUAUCUUCUCCUGGACUUAAAACCCUACGAGAAGAUCAAGGUUAUUUCCGCGCCGAGGGAGAAAGUGAAGUUGAUGGAGGGUGACACAUUGACGCUGGCUGUGUCAGCCACGGCAUUUCCGUAUCCUCGUUUCCAGUGGUUUAAGGGCGACGAUGAAAUUCAGGGAGCGACAGACAGUACUUUGAUGAUACCUGAUAUCAGUCAGUCAGACACGGGAACAUACAGCUGCCGUAUACACAACUCCUCAGACCUGGAUUUGGCGGUGUUCACGUUUUCCUCUGUAAAUGUGGCACCUAAUCCAAAUUAUACCUCACAGAGACCACAGGAAGGUUGCUGGCCGGACUCUCUGCCAACUUCUGCACCCAUUCCAAGGGAGAUAAUCCCUGCAGGUCAACCCCCUCACAUACUAGAGCAGUCUGCAGAUGUCACUGUGUCAAUGGGAACCCCCAUAAUGCUCUAUGUGUCAGCCAUCGGAACACAACCUUUAGAGUAUUGCUGGUUUAAAAAUGGGUCCCCUGAGCCCAGUGAGAUGGGUUCUUCCUCCCAGUACAAGGUGGAUUAUGCCUCAGUUGUGGACAGCGGUAGCUAUGAAUGCCAGGUGAAAAACCAGUAUGGAAAAAUGAAAAGCAAAGUCAUUUCUGUCAGAAUUGUCCUGCAACCUGCCACAAAAGCGACAGUAAUGGAAACCUGUACACUUGAUAUCAUUGCUCACCCCAAGUCUUGUGCCCUAGAGAAGGGUGGGAACGCAUUAUUCUUGUGUAGGGCUGUUGGUGAACUUCCAAUCAACUAUCAGUGGUACAAAGAUGGCCGACCUAUGCCAGGUGAGACCAGACAUGAACUCAUUAUUCGUGACAUAAAGUCAUAUGAUCAAGAAGGCAGUUUUCAAUGUCGAGUUUGGAACAGAUCUCUGGAGCUUAUCUCUGCUGGGGCAUUCCUCAGGCUUGACUAUGAUGUGCCCACAUUGCCCUCUAAUGUUGGAACUGUCCAUACAGCGACAGACAAAAUAGCUUUGCUAAUAGGAAACUACGAUUACUCUGGCACUGAUUUGCUGAAGGCACCCAAAGUUGAUGUGCAGGUGUUAGCUGAACUGCUGCGCUCCAUGGAUUUUAAGGUCGUCACCCUUUUAAACCUGACCCUGGGGGAGAUGGAAGCAGCGGUGGAAAAGUUCUGCAGUUUACUGAGGUCUGAUGGCCCUGGGAACAGUGGGGUGUAUGGUCUGUUCUACUUCUGCGGUCAUGGUAUAGAGGAGAAAGGUCAGUGUUACCUGGUGCCGCAGGAUGCCCCCACAGGCUACAGCUCUAGUAACUGUCUGUGCGCCCAGAAAGUUGUACAGCAGAUGCAGGAUGCAAACCCCGCCCUCUGCACCAUGAUCCUGGACUGCUGCCGUAUCAAAUCUGAUAAUCCACCCGACACAUCGCUAGAACAUUACGUCCCUCGACCAUCUGGGAAUGUCAUCUACUUAUAUGCUACAACUUUGGGCAUGCGGGCUUAUGAGUUUGAGAAAAGAUCUGAACACAUGCCACUGGGCCAUUUAUACAGGAAGCAAACCCAGGAUGAGGUCAAAGCUCGGGUAAAUGAAGAGCCCAAUGGAGUUCUAGUCAAACACCUGCGAAAGCACCUGUGUAGGAGAAAACCCGUGGAGAGUGUCUUUGCUGAAGUGAGAAGAGACAUAAGCAGUGACCCUAAGGUCAACAAGUACCAGAUCGCUGAAGUGAGCACAAACCUUGGGGAGCCCGAAAGAUCCCUGGCUGACAAGAUCCUGUAUACUGGCCAUACUCAGGUGUUCAAAAAACGAACAGAGUUGUGGCGCAAUGCCCAUGUAAAGCCAGACAACUGCCGUGUUCACAUCAAACAUCUGGGGGUGACAGUAGAUCUGGAGUACUAUGCAGAUUUCUCUAAUGUUCUGUCUAUCGUCCUCACCGUGACUAACCCAGGCACAACUAAGGACUGUCAUGCAUGGAUUGUCAACCUACCCCUGACAUUGUCAGUGAUGGAUGUUGGGAAGCUGAGUGAUUCGCCAGUCCGAACAAAAAUAGUCCUACAAGACCUCCAGAAACUCAAGGAACCUCUGACGCUGACAAUAGGUUUACAGUACUGUGAUGAACGUCGCGUGAACUGCUCAUACGAACAUGAGCCUAUCCGUGUGGGCUUCCCACUGAUCUCCACGCUGGCCCUUUGGAAGGGGGAGAGAAAUCAGACUGUUUCAAGACGUGUGCCCACGGAGCACUACCAGGUCGAUGAACCCCCAACCUACGCAAACAUGUCUCCGAACUAUGUGAAUUCCCCGCCAUCACACCUGGGGAAGUCCCCUGUGGGGGGCCCUAGAAACACGUCCUUCCCUAGCUGUAUGUCAUCAGUGCCCAGUCAGCCACCAUCAUCAUGCGGAUCAAAGGAUAUCAAAUAUGUCAACAUCAGUGGUGACAUGUGGUGACUUGGGGAUCAUUGCUACAUGCACAAGAAAAAUUACAGUGCUUUCAAGAUGUUUCUGUAGAGUCACCUUUGAAGGUUGUAUUAAGUAGCCUAAUUCCUCAGCCUUUUCACAUGUGAAAGGUCACUUUUCAGUGUAGUUUAUGCACAUUAUUAAUUUGAUUUUGGAGACAAACUGCAUUGGUCGGAUUGGUUAAUUUCAGGGCUUAACAAAAAUUAUGAUUUUAUGAGUCAACACAGAAUAUUGUCUUCAGAAUAUCAUGAAUAUAUUGUCUUCACGAAUAAACACCUUGCAAACAUGCGAAAUGGUUGGUUACAAUAAGCAUAUUAAAAGUAAAUUAUCUGUUCCAUGUCUCUGUACUACAUGUGACAGUCAUACUAUUGCCUCUGUCUAUACCAUCUGCGUGUGUGGUACAUUUGACACAAUUUUCUUGAUGUUUGUUCCAUAUGUGGUACAUGUAACGUUAUUACUUGGGUGUCCGUACUAGGUUUGUUACAGUCAUACUAUUGCCACAGUAUCACUACCAUGUGUGUGGUACUAUAUCUUUACUUGACACUAUCUUGUUGAUGUCUGUACCAUAUGUCUGUGGUACAUGUAACGUUAUUGCUUGGGUGUCUAUACCUUUACUUGACACUAUCUUGUUGAUGUCUGUACUAUAUGUCUGUGGUACAUGUAACGUUAUUGCUUGGGUGUCUAUACCUUUACUUGACACUAUCUUGUUGAUGUCUGUUUGGUACAGGUACAUGUGGCACUAUAAGGCCUUGGUGAUCUGUAUAACAUUUUAUUAUUUAUAUACCUCAUAGAGUGAUUUGUAGUUUCCAUUGUUCAGUGCACAUGAUGUACAAAGUCACCCUCACAAAAUAAUAUCCCCCAUUAAGGCAAUAACCAGUGAUCUUAUGCUGAUAUCACAUAUUCUAUUGGCUAGCUCCAUUGUCAAAUUCAGCAAUCUAAAGUGUUAACUGAUCAAGUACACUGAUUGAUUUUUUUUUUUCAGUAUAAAUAAAACAUAUAGUGCAUGCUGGGGAUUGGAAAUCAGGAAUUGUUAGCUCUCAACCUGUGAUAUUUAACUCGUUGAAUAUCACUUCUUUUGAGGGGACAAUUCCCGAUAUCCUGUCGCUCAGCUUGCCCUAUCUGUAUAAUACAAGUAUAUGUCUGGCAGGAUGCCAGCAUUUGUGUUCUAGUGUAGCUUGGCCCUGCACAUAGAUGUAUAAAAAAAGUAUGUGAUUGGUAGGGUGGUUCAUCCUGGUACAUGUAGGGUAGGGUGACCGUGAUGCACACUACUUAUCAGCAGGGGUCGUACAUCUUGUGCUUUGGGUAGGGUGAUAUAACUGCUACUGCUUGAUCCUACUGAUGCAGUCUGCUGAUUGUUUGGCCCGGAAUUAAACCAGUAUGACAUAAUUCUUGUUUCUACUGGACUACAUUCCAAUAACCACUUACAAAUUUUUGGAGAAAAAGUAGAACCUCGUAAAAUCUUGAGUUUGAAUCAUGACUUCAUGGUUUCUUAUCAAGGGAGCUAACUUCCAGGCAAAUAGACCAACAGUUGAGUCACCCUUGCAAGAGCAACUUUUUACAUACAUAUACAUAAAUGUGAUUGUUGGAAUUCUAUUUGAAACUCUGCAGAGACAACUUUAGGUUUUCCUGGGAAAACAUUUAAUGACUUAGAAAGGUGAGUCACUUAAGGACUUAAAAUUCCAUGUGGAUAGUGUGAUAACAGCAGUACAUGGUAUGC